UCCAUUCUGUAUUCGUGGUUAGAGAUGGGGUGGGAGCCAGUGAGGUCAGGGUGUCCCCAGGGUGCUGGGGACGAGGCUGAGGUCCCCACGCUGUCGGAGUGAGCCGUGUCCCCUCGUGUCCCUCUGAGGUCCCCCAGGGGUGCCGUGCUCGGUGCCCUGUUGUGGUCAGGGCCAGCAGGUACUGACUGCACUGUCCUUUCUGUUGACAUGCUGCGUGUGUCACACGUAGGACACAGAGGAAGGCAGCUGGGCACAGACCCUGGCCUAUGGGGACAUGAACCACGAGUGGAUUGGGAAUGAGUGGCUGCCCAGCCUGGGUCUGCCCCAGUACCGCAGCUACUUCAUGGAAUGCCUGGUGGACGCGCGGAUGCUGGACCACCUGACCAAGAAGGACCUGCGGGUGCACCUGAAGAUGGUGGACAGCUUCCACCGCACCAGCCUCCAGUACGGCAUCAUGUGCCUCAAGAGGCUCAACUACGACCGCAAAGAGCUCGAGAGGAGGCGAGAGGAGACCCAGCAUGAAAUCAAAGAUGUGUUGGUGUGGACCAAUGACCAGGUCAUUCACUGGAUCCAGUCCAUCGGGCUGCGUGAGUACGGGAACAACCUGGUGGAGAGCGGAGUGCACGGGGCCCUGCUGGCCCUCGAUGAGAACUUCGACCACAACAGCCUGGCCCUCGUGCUGCAGAUCCCCACCCAGAACACCCAGGCUCGACAAGUGCUAGAGAGGGAGUUCAACAACCUGCUCGCCCUGGGCACGGACCGGAGGCUGGAUGAUCAGGGCGAUGACAAAACCUUCCGUCGGACGCCGUCCUGGCGCAAGCGCUUCCGCCCGCGGGACGUGCACAGCAUCAACCUCCUGAGCGGCUCUGCUGAGACCCUCCCCGCCGGCUUCCGUGUCACCAGCCUCGUGCCACUGCCCCCUCCAGCCGCUCCAGCCAAGAAAAUGCCCCCGGAAGGUGGGUCAGCCUUCCACAGGGUCCCCUCCCACCCCUGAUCAGUCUUAGGGAAC